AUGGAGAACGAGCAGAUUUCAGAGAGUGUAAGGCGACGAAUCCAGGAAAUACUCAAGGAAAUUGAAGUAGAGGAGGAGGAGAAGAAUUAUGACUACCAGCAAGGUUCUGCAUCUGGUCAUUUCACAUAUGACCGCUCUUUGGCUGCCUCGCAUUCAUAUCUUGGUGAGGCUGAAGAAAUUCACAGUAGGAUGGGUUUCUUGGAGGGUGGUGCUGUGCUGAUCCUUCCUCUGUUCUAUCUGGAAGGAGUUGUUCUGUUCCCAGAGGCCACCCUUCCUCUCAGAGCAGUUUUGCCUAGUUAUAAAGCUGCUUUUGAACGGGCCUUAAAACGAGAUUAUGCUCCUUGUACUAUUGGUGUUGUUUGUGUUGAGAGGGAUAUUGUAAAUAGAAGGUACAAUCUUGCAACUACUGGUACAACUGCUGAGAUUAAGCAAUAUCGGCGGCUCGAAGAUGGCACUGUAAAUGUUGUUACCCGUGGCCAGCAGCGUUUUCGUAUUAGGCGCAGUUGGACUGAUGACGAUGGUGCACUUGUUGGAGAAGUUCAAAUCAUUCGAGAAGAUUUGCCAUUGAGAACACCAUGGGAGGCAGUCGGUAAACUUGCUCCAUUAAAGAACUUGCAAAUUGGUGGUAUCUCAAAAGUGCGACCUUUAACUGGUUCUCAGGCUAAUCCAAAUAAUUAUGAGGAUGGAAAUGAUUCUGACGCACUGUCAGACGGAAGUUUUGAGAUGCUUCUUACAGAAACAGAAAGAAAGUUGCACCAAUCUGGUCUUUGUUCUUGUUAUGGUUCUGAUACUAUUGAUGAGUCAACAAGUAGUGACGGCGAGAAGUUUGGGCAAGAUUUGGAAUGCCAACCUGGAAGACCUCAGUUAGACAAUGGGGAUGCUAGUCCAGGGGUUGGGAAAACAGGUUUUCUGGAUGUACAACCUUGCAACAGAGUGGAUCAGGAGAAGUACCCUAUAAGCCACCUCCGUGACGUUCCUAGAGCCUUCUGGCCUGGCUGGGUUUACCGCAUGUACGAUUCAUAUUCUCUUGCUCAGAAGGCAGCAGAUAGAUGGAAGAAUGUCGUGAGUACACCAAGUAUGGACGGGUUCGUGAUGAAACCAAUUCUGCUUUCGUUUCAGAUCGCCGGUAAAAUUCCUGUAUCUGAUUCAACGAGGCAAGAACUUUUGGAGAUUGACUCGAUUUCUUAUAGAUUGCGCAGGGAAAUUGAGUUACUUGAGAGUUUAGAUCGUAUUUGUUGUAAAAUAUGUCAGACUCUGUUUGCAAAGCGAAGUGAUAUUUUAGUGAUGUCUACUGAGGGCCCACUCGGUGCAUAUGUUAAUGCAUAUGGGUUUGUAUAUGAGAUACUCACUCUCCGCAAAGCGCAGGGAAUUGCAAUCGUAGGAGUUCCAGUAAGGGACUACUGCUGGUUUCCUGGGUAUGUAUGGCAAGUUACUCAAUGUAUCACAUGUGGAUACUCAACGGGCUGGUUCUUCACGGCCUUGAAGAAGGAAAUGAGACCCUUUACUUUUUGGGGUGUUACUAUCUGA